AUGCACUUCGACGGCUCAAAGAUGCGACUCGGCCUGGGGGCCGGCAUCCUGCUGUCCUCCCCCAAGGGCGACCGGCUCAAGUACACACUAGAGAUCCACUUCGCCGCCUCCAACAACGUCGCCGAAUAUGAAGCCCUUGUGCACGGCCUCUGGCUUGCUAAGGAACUUGGCAUCCGGCGCAUCCUGUGCUAUGGCGACUCGGACCUAGUGGUGCAGCAGAGCUUCGGUGAGUGGGACGCCCACGACUCCAACAUGGCAAGCUACCGCUUCCUCAUCCAGAAACUGUCCGGAUUCUUCGCGGGCUGCGAGAUCCUCCACGUCCCGUGCGCAGAGAACGAGGCGGCCGACACGCACGCCAAGAUCGCAUCAUCUCGGCAGUCCGUCCCAUCCGGCGUCUCCCUCGAGCAUCUACACAAACCGUCCGUCAAGCUGUCUCCGGACUCCGAGUCCAUCCACAUCCCAGCCGACCCGGCCGCGCCUCGACCCGGCCCGGGGACUGCUCCAGCUGACCCGGCCGCGCCGCAACCCGGCCCGGGGACUGCUCCAGCCAACCCGGCCACGCCUCAAUCCGAGCCCGAAAUGGUGGCCGUCUUCGCCGUGGCGACGGCACCGUCCUGGGCCCUGCCCAUCUCGGAGUUCCUGGAGAACAGGGUCCUCCCCAUGGACGAGACUGAAGCCCGGCAAGUGCAGCGCCAGGGCGAGUGCGGGCACCAUGCCGCCUCACGGUCCCUGGUGGCCAAGGCUUUCCGCCAUGGUUUCUACUGGCCCACUGCUCUCGAAGACGCAGAGUCGCUCGUCCUGAAGUGCGAGGGAUGCCAGCGCUUCAGCAAGCGCAGCCACCAGCCGGCGUCGGCACUCCGGACCAUCCCGAUCUCCUGGCCGUUCGCGUGGAUCGAAGCAAGACCGAUCAAGAAGCUGGAUGGGCCAACGGCCGUCCAAUUCAUCAAAGACAUCGCGGUGCGCUACGGCAUGCCGAACAGCAUCAUCACAGACAACGGCACUAACUUCGCCAAGGGCGCGCUCGCGCAAUACUGCUCCGUCUCCGGCAUCCGCCUCGACCUAGCUUCCGUUGCGCACCCGCAGUCCAACGACCAGGUCGAGCGGGCUAACGGCCUCAUCCUAUCCGGCAUCAAACCGCGACUCGUCGAGCCGCUCAUCCGUUCACCCAGUAGUUGGCUUGACGAGUUGCCAGCCGUCCUCUGGAGUCUCCUCAGCAUGCCAAACAGCAAGAAAAUCAAGCCCCUCGCUUUUCGAGAGGGAGACCUUGUCUUCCGGCUCGUCCAAGAACAGACUGGCCAACACAAGUUGUCCUCCCCAUGGGAGGGCCCCUUCAUCAUCAGCAAGGCCUUGUGCAACCGCAACGCGUACUACCCCAUCGACGCCUGCAAGCGCAAGAGGGACACCGCCGGCGAAGAAACAACCCGGCCCUGGAAUGCAGAGCUCCUCUGCCCGUUUUACAGUUAG